AUGGCGAUUUAUCGUAUGAGUGGCUAUACAACAGCAAUUACAAGAGAUGUAGUUGAAGAGCCUAAAAUCAACACACCUGAAAAAGGAGAACCUCUUUUAUUGAAAGCUCUUGCUGAUAUCGAAGAUUACUCAAAGUACUUAGUCUUAGCUCAUCAAGAGCUUUUAUCGAAAAUUUCAAAUAAAUUAAAUAGCGCAGGUGACAUAGCUUCCUUAGCUUUACAACAAAAUACAAAAAUUGCAUCCGAAUUUGCUUCAAUUGCGAAACAAGAAGGGGAUCAAUUAGACAAAAUUGCAACAGCAGUCGAAGAAGUUGUUAACAAAUUAUCUUCUGUUGAUGAUUUAUAUACCAAUGUUUGUAAACUUUCCGAUCUUUUGUCAAGUCUGGAACAAAUCGCUAAAACAAAGACCGAAGGAAUUCCAACUAUUAUGUAUUAG